UACUAAACAUUUUUGUUUACAAGGAUGAGACUAGUUAGGACGGGCAGCCCUAGGAUGGGUAUUGCCACGCGAAUGUUUUUGAUUGCGUUCUGGUUGUCGUCGAUGUAUGCUUCAUAUUUUUAUGCAUCCAACCAAGCAAUUGUAGCAAGUCCAGAGAAAUCAAACUUGGGCAGGCAAAUCAAGAUGAUCAGCCAAGUUCCAGAUUAUGUUUACCAACAUAAGGUUGUAGAUUACGACAAGAACAUGCCUCUUGUAUUCAUUGGUGGAAUGCCACGCAGUGGAACCACUUUGAUGAGAGCAAUGUUAGAUGCUCAUCCUGAUGUUCGGUGUGGCCAAGAAACGAGGAUCAUACCCAGGAUACUUGGGAUGCGAGCAAACUGGCUUAAGUCUCCCAAAGAAAGGGUGAGACUGGAUGAAGCCGGCGUGACGAAUGAAGUAAUAAAUGAAGCCAUAACUCAGUUCAUCCUGGAAGUGAUUGUUAAACACGGCAAACCAGCGCGUUUCCUUUGCAAUAAAGACCCUUUCACAUUGAAAUCGAUCAAAUAUUUAAAAGAGCUUUUCCCAAACGCCAAGUUCAUCCUUAUGCUACGAGAUGGUAGGGCUACGGCUCAUUCUAUUAUUUCAAGAAAAGUAACAAUUUCUGGGUUUGAUAUUAACAGUUAUAGGGACGUACUUACGAAAUGGAAUCGCGCAAUCGAGACGAUGUUUGUUCAAUGCAACGAAGUUGGAUCCAAGAAUUGCCUCCCCGUUCAUUACGAGCAACUCGUGCUCCAUCCAGCGGCAGAAACAAGGAACAUUUUAAAGUUUUUAUCGGUGCCCUGGAACGAAGCUGUUCUCAACCAUGAGAAGCAUAUGACCAACAUAUCAUUAUCUAACGUUGAGAAAUCCACGGAUCAAGUACAGCGGCCGUUGUACCUUGAUGCGUUGACCAGUUGGUUCGGGAAACUCCCCGAUGACGUCAUGAGAGACAUGGCCACGAUCGCCCCUAUGUUGCGAAGACUUGGUUACGAUCCGAACGACCCGACGCCCGAGUAUGGUAUACCAGAUCCAUUCGUAUUAAACAAGUCGAGAACUGCGCGAUGAUGACGUUCGGAUGUACUCAUACGUCAUAGUGACGUCACGAAUACGUCAUCCGCGAAAUCAAAUGAAGCCUUAAGUUUUUCUUCAAUCUGGAUGACGUCACCUUCACACUGUUUUUCCGCAUGAUGUCGCAAUGCCACACUUUCUGUAAUCUAUAUUGAACUAACAAUCGCACUAUUUCGUCACAAUCACCAUUAUCAACGUCAUAGAUGCCAAGCAUCACACGUUUCAUAUAAACAGCAUUUAACAUGGGUGGGCCAACUACAGAUGCAGAUAUUUGUCCUUUAUAAUGAAAUCUAAACUUGUUUCCGGAUCCCGUUCUUUAAGUUCUAGUAAUAAUGUAAAAGGCUGUUGGGUCAAACUUGGAAGCAAUUUUUAAAUCGUUUUUAAUUAGUCUUUUUCAAUCACGUCGUUUCGCACGAUGGCCGUGUAUGAAACAGAACACUCCUGUUUUAUAACGACUGUCGUUUCCCGUUUCCCCGCCACGCAAAGAGUAAAUAGGUUACAUUUAUUCAUUCAACUAUGAUUGUGUUUAUUAAACGAGCCGUAGACCCGACCAUCGCCAUGCAAAGUAUUAGUGCAGUGAUUCUCAACAUUUUUACCCUUACACCUUUUAGACCUUAAACCACUUUUUUUUAAAUUAAAAAAAAAUCGUAAAUUAUUUUCCUUUUUUGGUAAACUUGUUUAACCUAAAAACCGAAAUAAGAGGGUUGUACGCUGUAAGUUGAGAACCAUUGUUCUUGUAUACCAUACGCCCAACCAUUUAAUUACCCAGCAUCCUAUAUACAUAGUUGGCCCACCCAAACCAAAGCUAUUGUAUUGAACUAACAACAUCGAGUGUAACUACUUUCUUACCAACUCGUACUCGACCCAAUCUGCCUCUGCCCCACAGUAUUCUCCACAAAUCGAUGAAACAUUUUCUACUUGGUUUUUAUAUUACCUACGUCAUUAACUACGUAGCAGACCACGUGACCCGUCCUUGCCUUCUUUCGCGCGGGUUCAAACUGUGCCGAACUUAUAUAUUCUUAGCACAAUUAUUUUAUUAUUAUUAUGUCAUAAUCAAGGCGCUGUUGGCUGUAGCGUUCAUUGUUCCACGGGAAGUAGCUAUUGUUUCCACUUCCGGGUAUUUUUACUCCCAUACACACUCUCUGUUGCCCUCUAGCGUGCUAUAUGUGCUUCAAUACUCGUCUUCGAUCGCAUGAUGAUGACGUCAUAAUGAAAUAAUAAUGACAGCGUAUGAAAUGCCGCGACAUAUGACGUAUAAUUCGUGUCGAAAUCACAUUGUUUUAUAUUUCGUCAUACUACCGUAUUUGUUUUAAGAUAUCUGUGUAUUUUUUUCGCAG